CUGCGACUGCUCUGCCACCACAAUUGAAAUCUCGARCAAAGAUCAUUGCAUAGCAUAGCAUCACACCACACCGCACCUUACUUUACCGAUUGCCUCCGAGGAUGAACCGGCUCCGACCACUCGUGGCACGAGGCUUGCCAUCGGCGGCAGCAACUGCAACUGCAACCACAACAAGAAUGGCGGCUUGGAGGAGACAACGGCUGGCAAGGAGCCAUCGAAGCUUCCAGCUGCGUCUGGGGUCCUCCUCGCACAAGCACAAGGACAAGCACAAACCAAGCAGCAGCARCGCACCCAGGCCCGGCGGCACCUGGAUCUACCUCGGCUGGACGGUCCUCGGCCUGGUCGGCGUCGACCAGGCCCUGCAGCACAAGCAGGCCUCGGCCGACGCMAAGGCCCGGAAGGCCCUUUYGGUCCUCCAGAAGGACGCCGAGGCUUCCGCAAAGGCUGACUGGGAGCGGUCGGUCGACCAGCGAGCAAACACAGCCCCCGUCGGUGCCUCGAGAAUCGCCAGGGUCGAUCCCUGCCUCGACGGGACCAAGAUGCUCACCCGCCACAGGGGCGUCCAGAGGGGGGACGCCGUSGACGUUCUGGAAACCGGCGUCGGGCCUGCCGGCCGGUACCACCUGUGCCGGUGGACCAAGGGCGGUGCGAAUGAAAAUGCCGGCGAUGGCAGCGCCGUGGUGGUGGUGGGCUGGUACCCGAUCGAUUACCUCGAGCCGCUCGAACSUGGAAAGCACGCCUAGCCGGUGGUUGCACCCCUGGGUGGCACGAACGCAAAUUUCUACUAGCCACCGGUAACUCGGUAAUUCAAUAGACMCGGACUCAUGCA